GCAGCGAUACUGAACACAUUUUCACAGAGACAACAGUUCACAAACACGACAGUGGUGGACCAAGUGUUAUUAGUAUUGUUUAACAGGUUAGUUUGUGUGCGUUUUGGGAUUUUUGCUAAAGUGACUUACAAGAGUCGUCUUCUACUUAGCUUGUAAAUCAGAUUUCUCCAGUGCGAUAUGCCAGCGCCAGCCUCAUCAACAACUGUGGGUGCCGGGGGCUCGAGCCCCCGUGCGGGACCCUCAUCAACCUUGCGACAAAGAAAAACCGUCAAUCCGAGCUCAGCCGCAGCUCGUCCCUCCCGACCUCCGGCAAACUCGGGGGGUAUGUGGAAGUUCUAUACGGACGACUCGCCUGGCUUCAAAGUUGGUCCGGUUCCGGUACUCGUGAUGAGCGUCCUCUUCAUCUUCUCCGUAUUCGUGCUUCACAUGUAUGGAAAGCUUACCAGAGCCUAAAGAACGGGACGUGAAUGCGGCGGGUUAUCAUCGAAGGACCAUUUCAUGCAAGAAUAUCAUACCCGCCCAACACGUGCACGACUGCACUAUAGACGCAUUCCAAUUGUAACCAAUUCGAUUGAAUGCCCAUUUAUUCCCAGAUACCCAUUAUUCCCCUACGGCCCUGUCGAAUCACGGGGUUGUUCAUCCAUAAGGUUGGUCACAUUGUGACGUUUAGAAGAGCAAAAAUUUCGGGAAGUCUAAUUGGCCACAAUGUUUAGCAGCGGACUUAAAAGAAACAGUCAUAGGUCCUAAAUACCUCGUGAUCUAGACAGCUUUCUCCGCGCAAAAGCUUGAGGCAUUACAUUACGAUUUUUCUCUUUUUACACUGCAGUCACAUAGGAUAUGUCGUAUUGCGUUUUGCAUGGAACGGCCGUUAUGGUUGUAGUAUUAAAUCUACAGUGGCGGAGCAUGCUGGAAAAGGUGGAGAAUUUGUUCAACUAUCACUAUGUCUGUCGUUGGUUGGUAACUGAAUGUAUAAUCAUUUGAUGGAAAGAUUACUAGUAGAGGCUGGGUGGGCUGCGAAAUUCCUUUGGCCUGGAUGCGAAGUCGUUUCGUUAAAAAAUUGUUAGCAGAUGAAACUGUUGCUAAUUUUCGACUAAAGGGAAUAAAACCAUUUUUUAGAGGAAAUAAAACAGAAGGAAGAAUCCGAAGAAUUCAAUUGAUAACGAUACAUAAAAUCACAAUCAAAUAAUAAGUUUAUGAAUAAAAUUUUAUAAGUUCAUAUGAUGAAAGGGCGAAAGGAAAUGGUAGUACAGAGAGAACGCUGUGUUGCUAGAACGUUAUGCAUGGAUUUUUUUUAUUAAACAUUAUUUUAAAGAAAGAAUAGAAAUGAAAUGACGAGUGGAAAAAGCAGUAAAGGCUAUUUAAAAACAUUAUGCGGUUGGUCUAUGACAAGAAUAUUGUACAUGGAUGUUAUUGUACAGUUUAAAGAAAGUGCAAAUACCUUUAACAGUAUGAAAUGUCAUCGGGCUUUGGGAAAAUAAAAACUGUACCGAGA